UUCAAGAGGCUGCUUUCACCAGGCAGACAUUUCUUUGAUCAAAGCAGGAGGACAUCACGAUAAUUGUGAAAUGAGCUGCGUCUGUUAAACUGAAGACUGAACUCACCCGCACCGCGUGAAUUACGACUCGUGACAAUUUUUCAGAUGGAAAACAAAAAAAUCAGAGGCAAUCGAGUGGACGAUGAUUUACGCGAGAGGAAGAUUUCAAGAGGUUUGGUGCGACAUGUUUUGACAAGGAACACUGGUGACAGGAUUGCUUUGGGGAGAGUAACAAAACAACUCGACAAAGAAAGGAUAGCAAAGGAAUUGGAUUACCAACAACAGAAACAGAAGCUUCUACUCCAGAAGUUUGAAUCUCAGAUGAAAGAGCGAUCCGCGAAGGAUUCUCAAGAAACAUCAAACGAGCUCGAUGGCACAGCGGGGUUGCGAAAGGCUACUGGAAAACAUGUCAUGUCGCGGUAUAGAAGUUAUUCCGAGCUGGAAAUGUCGAGCUCGCAAUUGCAAAGGUUGAAGUGUUCUGCAGAGAUUCCUGAGGCGCUUGAGAAAAAAGCGAAAACAAACAGGGCACUCAAUUAUUCGCGACUGGCAGUCGAAAAGAGAGCAAACGAAACUAACCGGCCGAGGUUACGCAAAACAGGAGUGAUUAAAGCUCCGGAGCGUUCAGGCCUUGUUGAGGAAGUGAGAAUGAAGCGGACUAAGACGCUAUCAGAUAUUUUACCUCCAGUUAUUCUUCCACCAAUAUUUCAAUCUGGCGCAAGUUCAUUGGAAAAGAGGACUGUUCUGGAGAACCAGCGGACACAAGCAAAAGAAUCUUUUUCUGAGGGUUCUGGCUCUAAUCAGACACCAAUGAUGACUGAGAUAAGAGAGUUGGAGGACCUAGAGGACUGUCGAUAUCUUAGAAAGAGCAAUUUUCGAUAAGCUCAGCUAAGCAUGUAUAACCAUGUGAUGCAGGAGUCAAAGUUUUAUUUUAAACUAA